UGCUACUUCUACUUCUCCAAUUUCUCCGUGUCAGCCUUAGCACAUCAGCUGUCCUGUCACCUCUAGACAUGUCACUGCCCCUCAUUCAAGAAGCAGUUUAGCAUUUCUGUAUCUGAGAUGUAAGGGACUGAUCUCUAUCUCUGUUAUACGACUCUGUGGCUCUAGUUCCCUGAGCAACCCAGUGGACCUCCAUCAAACAGCAAGAGGUACAAAAGUUGAAACAAAUGUUCAAGAAAAAAAAGAAAGAUAAGAAUGAGUCUGGAGACCAAGAGGCUCAACCAAAUGGAGAGUUGCCAAAUUCUGGACCUAUAAUUUAUUACAUUUAUGAAUCUGAGGAAGAGGACGAUGAAGAUGAUAAGAAAGAAGAACCUCUGCCAGAGCCUCCUCGGCCAGUUAACGACAAGCCCCAUAAAUUCAAAGAUCACUACCUGAAGAAGCCAAAAUUCUGUGAUGUGUGUGCAAGGAUGAUUGUCUUAAAUAACAAGUUUGGAUUGAGAUGCAAAAACUGCAAAACCAACAUCCAUCAUCACUGCCAGCCCUAUGUGGAGUUUCAGAAAUGUUUUGGGAAAAUACCUCCAGGUUUUCGACGUGCAUACAGCUCCCCGUUGUACAGUAAUCAACAAUAUGCAUGUGUAAAGGAACUUCUGCCUUUUUCUGCAGCAAAUCGCACUGAUCCUGUGUUCGAUACAUUGAGGACGGGAGUCAUCAUGGCAAAUAAAGAAAGAAAGAAAGGGCAAGAUGACAAGAAAAAUCCUGCUGCUAUGAUUGAUGAAGAGCCUGAGCCACCAAAGCAAGAAGAGGGUAAACAGGACGGAGAUACCACUGAUGGUGACAAGAAAGGUGAUAAGAACUCGCAGGAUGCUAAGAAUAAGAAGGCACAGCCAGGAGUUCGAGGAGGUUUCAUGCAGUCACAUUAUUUUGUAGCAUUGUAUCGCUUUAAAGCUCUGGAAAAGGAUGACCUUGAUUUUCAAGCUGGAGACAGAAUCGCAGUUAUUGAUGACUCUAAUGAAGAAUGGUGGCGGGGCAAGAUUGGGGAAAAAACUGGAUACUUUCCAGCUAACUUCAUUAUCCGAGUACGAGCAGGAGAAAGAGUAUACAAAGUAACCCGUUCUUUUGUUGGAAACCGAGAAAUUGGACAGAUCACGCUAAAGAAAGACCAGAUUGUUGUACAAAAAGGAGAAGAGUUAAAUGGUUACAUAAAAGUCUUGACUGGACGGAAGGUAGGACUUUUCCCAGUAGACUUUCUUCAGGAAAUCUGAAGCGGGGGAAGAAAUACAGUAUUUCAUAUGGAGAAAGAGAGCAUUAUAGUGAAUCAUAGUUCUCAGCUGGAUUUCUGAGCACCUAAAGUGGUAAUGAUUCCACCAAGAACUGCAGCUCACUUUUAAUGCUGUGAUUGUGGAUACUGAGAUGAAAUCUUCCUCAUGUUGCUCUUCGUGGAUUCCACAAUGUCUGCUUGGUAUGACCUUGUACAAGUGAGAGCAACCAGACCAAAGUCUAGGAGUAAGUCUGACCAAUGGUUCCCUGAAAAAACCACAAUCAGAAUUCAUCAAAAGGAAUAAGGUAAUACCUACAGAAGUUAUUAUUCACAUGAAGGAAAUAGAACACGCUGGUUCAAGUGCAAAUGUUUUGCGCCAUACAGUAUUAAUGAAAUUGACUCAUAAUGGAAAAAUUCAU